UCCGGGGUGCGUAUUUCCGUUGCUCUGACGCUGUCCUGAGUCUGGGGUCGGAUAGGAGAAAGCAAUUCCCCCCCCUGAAGUGGGAGGAGAAGGAAGAAAGAGAGGUUCUGCAGCAGCAAGAAGCUUGGAUUUAACUGCUCACUUUCACAGCACAAACACAUUAGCUGCCUUUGGAUCUGGGCUGAAAUAAAAAGUUUCCUGAAUGACUGGCCCGUGCUUGAGGACGGGAAGUGAGACGGAAGACUCUCCAGCUUGAAUUACUUGCUGCUGGAUGGUAUGCUGUGUAGUUUGGACCGCAUUCCCUGCAGAUGAAGUGUUAGUGGCAAAGGCACAUUGCUAGCUGCGCUGUCAGUCUGCUUGCACCCUCCAGCCUGUCUCCUUUCUUGGCAGCAGCAUCCCUGGGCUGUUGGUCACUGGCCAUCCUUCCUCAGAGGCAGGAAGUCAGAGCCAGUGGGCCUGAUAAUGACCACACAACUAGGCAACGUGAUUAGCGCUAACCGUGAUGAGCAGAAAAUUAAAGUCAGCAAGAUUGACAAAUCUUUCUGUAUUUUUCAGGCCCAGUAUCUGAGCCGAUUCCUGGAGAGCACUUCCGUGCUUGCGUAAGGGAGGGGAGAGGGUGCGGGUGUCAUCCGUUUUCUUGCGAAAGGAUUCUGCAAAAUGCUGCACGGACAGCGUGUGCAAAGGGGUCUUGUUUGGUCCCGUUAACUCUCCUCUUCCCCUGUGCAGCAUUUCUCCGCACUGUUAUUUCUGCUCUUUCGAAGAGGCGGGGGGAGACACUGCUGAGUAAGGCAGGGGGGAGAGCGAGAGAGAAGUGCUGCGAUCGGGUUACAGCGAGCCAUGGGGGAGCAGAGGAGGGGCCGCUUGGCGAGGAGCAGCAGCGGGUCAGAUGAAGUGCUGCAGCCAUCCCUGGGGGGAUCUGUUUUGCCUCGUUCCCCUGCCCGCUGGGCCAGCCCCGUGGCUUCCAGCGAGGCUUGAAUACGCUAAGCCGGCUCCCCGGAUGCGCCAUGCCCCAUCCCAGCUGCUGAUCGCACACAGCGGGUGGGGGGAGACCCCAGGAAACAGGUGCCCUCCUCUUCCUCCAGCUCCAUGCUGCCGGGAUUGCUCUCUCACCAGCAUUCACCCGCGGGACGCCUGUGCUGCAAGGACAGGGGGCUGGCAGGCGAGGGCAGAGGGAGCCCGGCGGCCUGAACUUGGCCGUGGCCCCGCUCUCUGACGGCCGGGUGAACGGGAGGAGCUGCACCCCAGACUGCUAGAGGCGGUGACUCACUUGCUGCCUCCAGCGCUCCCCGCUGCCGCCCUGCGCGGCCGCGGCCGCCGCCGCCCUGAUGGCUCCAGUUGACAGGCCGCUCGCUGGGAGCCGGGGCCGCCAUGUGCCGCGGUGGCCUCUGCUGCGGCUCUAGAUGCUCCUAGGGGCGUCCCGGUUGUGCGCGCCCGAGGCAGCCGCAGCGAAGCGCGGAGCGGAGGCGCGGCGGGGAGGCGGCGAAGCGGCGGCGGCGGAGGAGGCGAUGGACGAGUCGUCCCUGCUGGACUUGCUGGAGUGCUCCGUGUGCCUGGAGCGGCUGGACACCACGGCCAAGGCGCUGCCCUGCCAGCACACCUUCUGCCGCCGCUGCCUGGAGAGCAUCGUCAGCUCCCGCCACGAGCUGCGCUGCCCCGAGUGCCGCAUCCUGGUGGGCUGCGGGGUGGACGAGCUGCCCGCCAACAUCCUGCUGGUCCGGCUGCUGGACGGCAUCCGCCAGCGGCCCCGGGGCGGCGGUAGCGGCGGCGGCAGCCCCACGGCGCAGGGCAGCGCAGCGGCGGCGGCCGCCGCCCCUGGCAGCGGAGGAAGCGACUCGGCGGGGUCGCCCGCCUAUCAUCCAGCGGCGGCCACCGGCUCCCCCAGCGCGGCCGCCGCCAGCCGGAGCGCCCUGUUGGGAAAGAGUAUUUCUCAACUGCCCUAUGGUAAAGCUCUCUACACCUAUGAGGGAAAAGAACCUGGUGACCUCAAGUUUUCCAAAGGGGACAUUAUCAUACUACGCCGAAAGGUGGAUGAGAAUUGGUAUCAUGGAGAGCUCAAUGGAAACCAUGGCUUCUUUCCAGCCAGCUACAUCCAGUGUAUCAAGCCCCUUCCACAAGCUCCGCCUCAGGGCAAAGCACUUUACGAUUUUGAAAUAAAGGAUAAAGACCAAGACAAGGACUGUUUAACCUUCACCAAGGAUGAAAUUUUGACUGUUAUCAGACGAGUAGAUGAUAACUGGGCAGAAGGAAUGCUGGGAGAUAAAAUUGGAAUUUUCCCUAUCCUCUAUGUUGAGCUCAACGAAUCAGCUAAACAGCUUAUAGAGAUGGACAAGACAUGCUUAGCUGCUGCAUCUGGCUGUGAUGUCCCUUUGCCAUCUGACACCAACAUGGCAGUAAAUUUGGCCCAGUGCUCUACUUUAAACAAUACAGGAGCAGUCAGUGCCAUUCAGCGGCAUAUUGAUGGCAAGAAGAAUGCCAAGAAACGCCACUCCUUCACUGCUCUCAGUAUGACACACAAAUCCUCUCAGGCCAUGCAUAACAGGCAUUCCAUGGACAUUAGUGCUCCAGUUUUGAUCAGCUCUAGCGAUCCCCGAGCUGCUGCCAGAAUCGGAGACUUGACUCAUCUUUCAUCCAGUGCUCCAGCCCAGGACUCCUCCUCAAUUGGAACAGCUACAGUGGCUGGACCCAGAACAAGUGCAAUAAUUGGAGAUCAGGGAACACCGACAAAGGUCCAGCUCCCCCUCAAUAUCUACUUAGCUCUGUAUGCAUACAAGCCUCAGAAGAAUGAUGAGCUGGAGCUGCGUAAAGGCGAAAUGUAUCGGGUCAUUGAGAAGUGUCAGGAUGGCUGGUUCAAGGGGACAUCUCUGAGAACGGGAAUGUCUGGAGUCUUUCCAGGCAACUACGUGACUCCUGUUUCCAGAGUGCCUAUAGGAGGUGGCCAGCCCAGGAAUAGCUUAGCAGGCGGGGCUCAGACAGUAAAAGGACCCCCAGGAGCUGUUCACCCAGGAGGUGCAAGUCUUACAAACACGGCCACUGCUGUCAGACCUGUUGUUCCAAUCACUGCACCUCAGACACAUCCCCAACAACAAACAGCGUCUCCUCAGAUGAAUAACUGCAUGAGGUACUCAGCCCAGCAAAUGGUCAGCCAGACUCGCAGUGCCAUGCAGAUGGUAGCACACCCCUCUGCCCAGGUACCGGAGCGGCCCACGGCAACCGUCUCACCACUGAGAACCCAGAACUCUCCAUCCCGUCUCCCAGCCACUGUGGUUAGGUCACACUCCAUGGCUUCUCCACAACAUGCCCACCAGUCCCCUGUCCAAGUUAUUCCUGGAGCACAGUGUGCCAGGCCCAUCAUUCCUCUCACUUCAGCAGCAGCAGCCAUUACUCCUCCAAAUGUCAGUGCGGCCAACUUGAACGGAGAGGCAGGAAAUGGGCCGAUCAGUGGCUUGGUGACUUCCAGCCCAACCAACACCUCCUGCAAAGCAGAGGAGAGGAAAAAUGAAAAGAAAGAGAAGAAGAGUGGAUUGUUGAAACUUUUAGCCGGCGCGUCAACAAAAAAGAAAUCACGCUCCCCUCCAUCUGUGUCUCCGACACCGGACCCCCAGGGAGCCGUGGAGGGAGCUCUGCAGGGAGCGGUGGGACCUGAACUCUCCUCACUCUCCAGCCACGGCAGGGCAGGUUCAUGCCCAAUUGAAAGUGAAAUGCAAGGAGCUAUGGGGAUGGAGCCACUGCACAGAAAAACAGGCUCCUUGGAUUUGAAUUUUUCCAUUCCUUCUCCUGCCAGGCAGCUACCUUCUUCGAUGGCAGCCAUCCGUCCAGAGCCCAAGCCAUUGCACCGGGAAAGGUAUCGUGUCGUGGUUCCAUAUCCUCCUCAAAGCGAAGCAGAGAUUGAACUGAAAGAAGGUGACAUUGUGUUUGUGCACAAGAAAAGAGAGGAUGGCUGGUAUAAGGGGACAUUACAGCGAAAUGGCAGGACGGGCCUCUUCCCCGGAAGCUUUGUAGAGAGUUUCUGAGGGCUUGCUUUCUUCCCCAUCACUGCUCUCUGAACUGAAAGAUCUUUUAGGGGAAAUUCCAUAGCACAAGAAGAGACAGCAAAGGGAAAUGUGACUGAUAUCCACUGCCAUUUUUACGUCCAAAGACUCCCCGGGCCCUUCAUUCUAUAGCUCUGGAACCACAGUAUCUGCUGUGCUUCCAAAACCAUGUACAGUACAUACAGUGGUAUGUUGAAGUAGUGCCUUCCACUUGGAAUCAUAGACUGAGAGGAUGCACAUUUGGUUUGUAUCUAAACUAAACUCCAACUGUUACCCAUUAUGUAAAUUAUAGAGAAAAUAUCUUUUAAAAAGUUGUUAUAUUGCUGUAACUUAUUUGUCAGAGCUGCAGUGUUCUUAUUGCUGGCCUAUGCAAGAUGGAUUUGGGUGUGGCAGGAGGCAGAGUAGGGAGCUCUUGAACUGGGAUUUUAUAUUUCCUGGGGGAAAAAGAGAGUGUGUGGAAAAACCCAGCUAAAGAUUUGUGCAUUGUUCUGCAAGAAAGAAUUUGAAGUCCAAAAUGUUAGUGUCAUGCUUUCUAUAUACCUCAAAAAUAUGCUGCAUAAGGAUGUCAGUAAGUUUGUUAGUGAUCAGAGUUCUGAAGUACCUGUGAGAUGCACUGGGCAGAUCCUUGAAGAACUCUGGCUCCAUCAUUCAAUUGCGGUUAUUUGAGUAGAAACCCUUUGGUUUAUCAUCUGUCCAUAUUAUAUGCAGCAUUUUUUUGCCUAUCCAGUAUCCACCUUUCCAUUCCUUUUUUUUUUUUUUUUUUUUUUGGUAUGACAUACCCUUUUUAAUUGUUUGCAGUAUUGUUGCAGCUGUGUUGGUCCCAGGGUAUUAGAAAGGCAAGUUGAGUGAGGUAAUACCAUUUAUUGGACCAACUAUUUGGUCCAAUAAAAGAUAUUGCCUCAUCCACAUUGUCUCUCUAAUUAAUACCUUUUUAAUGUAAGAACUGUUAUACAUGAUAUAUAUACAUAUAUUCCUAACAGAUCAAGCAUUUCCUGCUUUUCAUACAUCUGGUGCUUUUAUUAUUAUUAUUUUAUUAAUAGGAAGAUCCUGUUUGGCUUAAGAAAGAGACUGUUAACAGCAACAUUAACAGGUUUCACAUUUAACAUGUGAAUUCCGAAAUGUACUGAAAGUAGAUUUCAUCAAGAUGAAAAUGUUUGCUAGUACUACAUGAAGCAAGAGAGAAAAAUCAGAUUAGGCGGUGAUAUAUAUAUAUGUGUGUGUGUGU